GGAGAUCAGUCAAUUAAGAAUGCUGAUGAUACGUUUAGAUCCAUAAGUUUAUCAAGUAGCUUUAUCUUUUAUGGCAGCAAUUUUAGCACUGUAUUUGUAAACAACAAUGGUCUCCUUUCAUUUCGUUAUCCAGUUUAUGCACUAUACACAUCCCGAGAAUUUCCUUUACCUCAAACGCUCAUUGCUCCUUUCUGGGCUGAUGUAGACACACGCAAUGGAGCUGGGACAGUCUAUUUCAGAGAAACUACUGAUUGUGCCAUCAUGAGCAAAGUGGCUCAGGAUGUGCAACUUGCAUUUCCAGAGCAGCUUUCAUUUACAGCUACAUCUGUUGUAAUAGUGACAUGGUACAGAGUUGGAUACUUUAAUCUGAAUUCUGACGAACUUAAUACAUUUCAGUGUGUCCUGGCUACUGAUGGGAGCCGUUCCUAUGUCUUGUUCCUUUAUCUUGAUGAUGGUAUAAAUUGGAUCACUGGUGAUGCAAGUGGAGGUGUGGAUGGCUUUAAUGGAACAGAGGCUUAUGUGGGAUUUAAUUCUGGAGGGCCAAAUUCCACAUACUUUGCUGUAGAAGGCUCUGGAACACCAGAAGUAGUCGAUAUUGAAACUACAAGCAAUGUAGAUGUUGAAGGACUUUGGAUCUUUCAAGUCAGUGGAGAUAAUAUUAUUACAGCUGGAUGUGGUAUUCCAGACCAAUUAAAUGUGAAUGAAACCAUUUUGAGCUACAACAGUACAUUUAUCAACAGUACAGCUACAUAUAGCUGUGAAGAUGGCUACAGUUUAGUGGGAGAUGCUGUUAGGACAUGCUUGAGUAGUGGGAAAUGGAGUGGAAAUCCACCUGACUGUCGUCAAAUUGUCAAUUGCAGUGAGCUAAUGGUUGAGCCAAACGAAGGACUCUCUGUUUCUUAUUCAUCAAAUACACCUUACAACAUUACAGUUACAUAUAGCUGUGAAGACGGCUACAGUUUAGUUGGGGUUACUGUUAGGACAUGCUUGAGUAGUGGUAAUUGGAGUGGAAAUCCACCUUAUUGUCAAAUUGUCAAUUGCAGUGAGCUAAUGGUUGAGUCAAAUGAAGGACUCUCUGUUUCUUAUUCAUCAAACACUAAACAUUACAACAGUACAGCUACAUAUAGCUGUGAAGAUGGCUACAGUUUAGUUGGAGAUGCUGGUAGGACAUGCUUGAGUAGUGGAAAUUGGAGUGGGGACACACCAUAUUGUCAAAUCGCCUGCAGUGAGCUAAUGGUUGAUUCAAAUGAAGGGCUCUCUGUUUCUUAUUCAUCAAAUACUAAACCUUACAACAGUACAGCUACAUAUAGCUGUGAAGAUGGCUACAGUUUAGUUGGAGAUGCUAUUAGGACAUGCUUGAGUAGUGGAAAUUGGAGUGGAAAUCCACCUUACUGUCAAAUUGUCAAUUGCAGUGAGCUAAUGGUUGCGGAUUCAAAUGAAGGACUCUCUGUUUCUUAUUCAUCAAAUACUUACAACAGUACAGCUCUAUACAGUUGUAAAAAUGGCUACAGUUUAGUUGGAGAUGCUGCAGUUAGGACAUGCUUGAGUAGUGGAAAUUGGAGUGGGGACACACCAUAUUGUCAAAUAAUUGUAACAUCUUCAGAUCAACUUGCAGUUAUUGUAAUACCAGUAGUGAUAGUCACUGUAAUAUUAGGAGUGCUGGUAGUGCUUAUAGUGAUUCUUUUUUCUUACAUAACAAAGAAGAGAAGAAAAAUGAAACUAGUCACAAAUGAGGCUAAUAGAAGUAUUGCCUUUAAUUGCAGCAAUUAUCAAUUUAAAGAGAUUUCGUCUGAAUAUAUUGAUCAGCUAUCAAAGCAUUCAAUAUCAGGGUCAAGCCUCAAGAUACUGGAGACUGUCGGUCGAGGUGAGUUUGGUAUAGUGUAUCGUGGGCUAAUAUCAGUCAAAAAUGACAUACCACAAGCUGUUGCUGCAAAGACUUUAAGAAGUUUUUACAGUAAGAGUGAUAUUGAUUCUCUACUGGAUGAGUGCAUUAUAAUGAUGUCGUUUGAUAACUUAAAUGUAUUACCACUGAUUGGUGUGUGUCUUGAUCUUGGACCAGCUCCAUACAUUAUCAUGCCUUUCAUGUCAAGAGGAAGUUUAUUGUCUUACCUCAAGAAAGAGAGACCUAAUCUUACAGUAGCUGAUACCAGUGAAGAGGAUAUUAUACAGAAUGUCAGGAAACAGUUACUCUCCAUUUGUUUACAAGUUGGCAAUGGAAUGUGCUACUUAGCUUCACAGAAAUUCAUUCAUCGUGAUUUAGCUGCUAGAAACUGCAUGAUUGAUGAUGAUGGUAUCAUUAAAGUAGCUGAUUUUGGUCUAUCAGAAGAUAUAUAUUCUCAAAACUAUUUCAGACAACUGGAAGGCAGUAAAGAUUCAUCAUCAUCACCUGUUAAAUUACCAUUGAAAUGGAUGGCAUUAGAGAGUAUUCAUGAUGGACUGUUCUCUGAGAAAUCUGAUGUGUGGUCUUAUGGUGUGUUAUGCUGGGAAGUGUUCAGUCUUGGUAGAGUACCUUAUCCUGGUCUAGAUCCAGUAGGAGUCGUGGAGUUACUGAAUACUGGAGGAAGACUGUACACUCCAAAUAAUGAAGCAUGUUCAAAAGAAAUAUACUCAUUGAUGACUUCAUGUUGGUCUGAGUCUCCUGAUGAUAGGCCAGUGUUCAGUGAUUUAGUAUCAUCAAUCAAUACACUCAUUGAGCCAUUGGCUGGCUAUCUGGACUUUACUGACAUUAAUUUUUGUUUGGAAAAUGAUAUCAAAGUGUAAAAAAUAUCAUGCUUAAAAUUAUUUUGUAGUUGUGAGCCACACCUCUGGAUUGCUUACCAUCUUGUUUUUUUUGAUACAGUGACUAAAAUUGUUUUUUUUUAUUUUUAUAUUUUUUGAUACUUACACAUGUUCUUUAUGUUGUGUUGCAAGUUUAGUUGGUUAAUAGAAUAUUUAAAGAAUUUUUAAA